UUUGCUGUCACCGCCCCGCCGCCGCUCCUCCAAGCCUCCCGGCGCCCCGGCUGCCGCGGCCUUCAGUCCCCAGUCAGCGGCCCGACUUCUUCGCUCAGCCCCGGCAUCGGGGACGCGCGACUCUUCUGCCGAGCGAAGUGUGUGUCUCAGCAGCCCAGGGCGCCGGAGAGGGAGCGGCCCGGCCUCGGGGCCACGGCCCUUGCUUCCUUUUCGUUGUCACGAAACGCCGUGCACCCCGUGACCGGGGCGAUGGGUGCCAACGAGGACCAGGAGAUGGAACUGGAGGCAUUACGCUCUAUUUAUGAAGGAGAUGAAAGUUUCCGGGAAUUAAGUCCAGUUUCAUUUCAAUACAGGAUAGGUGAAAACGGGGAUCCCAAAGCCUUCCUCAUAGAGAUUUCCUGGACAGAAACCUAUCCGCAGACACCUCCCAUCAUAUCCAUGAAUGCCUUUUUUAACAACACCAUAUCAUCAGAUGUAAAACAGAGCAUAUUAGCCAAGUUACAGGAAGCAGUGGAAGUCCACCUCGGGACGGCCAUGACCUACACGUUGUUUGAAUACGCCAAGGACAAUAAGGAGCAGUUCAUGGAGAACCACCAUCCCAUUCAUUCUGCUACAUCCAUAAGCAAUAUCAUCUCAGUUGAAACUCCUAACACAGCUCCAUCAAGUAAGAAGAAAGAUAAAAAGGAACAACUUUCAAAAGCCCAGAAACGUAAGCUGGCGGAUAAAACAGAUCACAAAGGAGAGCUUCCUCGGGGAUGGAACUGGGUUGAUGUGGUGAAGCAUUUGAGCAAAACUGGCUCUAAAGACGAUGAAUAGCCCUUGGAAUCUGAGACGAGGGAAGAGCAUCCUUUAAUAAGUAAAUGGGGUUCCAAAUCUUUCAUUACUCUUUUCUGGUAUUGAGGUGGCUUUUUAUAAAACAAUUAUUUUGUAUGUUUCUUAUGUAAAAAAAAAAUGUUUCAGCUGAAAGUUCAUGAAGGGUAUCUGGUUGUAUUAAAUUAUUUUCACAAACUUGCCUUAAUAAAAGGUGAAAAUGUUACUGUUUAGUAUACUUUAUGGAACCAAUUAUAAAUGGACAAAUACGAGGAAAUACAAAUAAUCGAUGUCAAUUUAUGUGAUCUUAUUCCAGUGGAUGUGAUAUUUUUUAAAGGAGUUUCAAGCCUUUUCAAAUUCUUAUCCCAGUGGAGAACAGUGAGUGAACAGUGUGUUCACAGUAUGAUCCCUAUUAACAGGCUUCUCGUCUUUAAGUCUUUUUUCCUUCUUUCUCUUAAUUACUGAAGCGUAAAUUGCUUCAGAGAAAUUUAAAUACUUUAAAUUUAUAAGUAAUACGUAACUUAUACGAACUUUAUAUGUAAUAUUCUUUCUAGGUCCUUUUCAUUUUUCAAGGGUGAACUGCUUUUUAAGAAAUGUAUAUCUGUUAAUAUUUUUGAUUUGGGUAACGAUGUUUGAUCCUGAGAGCUUUCAAUGAUACAUGGAAUCAGAGAAAGGAAAAAAAAUAAAAGGUCUGCCAAAUACAUUAGAAAAUAUUUGAAUAGAAGUGCUGGUUCCUAUUUAAACCAUUUCUCUUUGCUGCAUAUACCUAGAUGGGAGUAAAAGAUGCCUUAAUAUUUAAUUUUUAUAUUGUUAAAGACAGCGGUUUUAAUAAAUUCCUAUUUAUCCAUUGUGUAUUUUUAGUUGUUUGGUAACUGAGUUCUUCAAAGUGGUUUCACAUAAAACCACAUUUUAAGCCUUGUUGAUUUUCUAGUACCCAAAUGUGUGUCUCAGCCCAGGCAUCCAUGUACAAAUAGACUUGGAAAUCUUUCAAAUGCUAAACUAUAGUGCUUGCUGGAUUUUUUUUUUUUUAAGUCAUUAACAGAGGAAACUAUUAGUGCAGUUUUAGCAGGAAGUUACUGACAUGUAUGUGAGAUAGCAUAUGCUCCCCAGCUUCACAAAUACUUAGACUGCUGCCGUGGUUUCUGGAAAGGUUGGCUGUUGGUCCCUCAAGUUAUACCUGUGCAGCUUGGGUCUGAGUUUCUAACAAAUAGUAAACUUUUAAAGACGUUUCCUUAGCAAAAGAGCAGAUUGUUGUAGCCACGGUUUUUGCUAGGUUCACAUAGGCGUCAGUUAAACCACUUGAAUUCUAACAUAAGCAUAACUACAGUGAAGAAGCUCAGUCUCAUUCUUAAAUGCUGAAUCACAUUUUUAUUGCUUGGAUUAGUCCGAUAGAGACAUCAAAAUUCAGGACCACUGGAAUACGCUAACGUUUGUUUUCAUGUUGUGUGCGUAGUUUUUGUUGUGCCAAUUUGCUGGUUUUUUGAAGAAACUGAAACUGCUACAUCUGCUAGUAGGAAAAAAUGCUUUGUUUUAUGCAGAAGAUUCUGAAAUUAUUCAGGUGUGUCAUGGCUCAUAGAUUUCAAAGAAUGAUGCUAGUUAAAUGCCAAUGAACUAUUUUUACUCUUUUUAUAUGAAAUGUACAAAUUCCGGGGGGUGAUGGUGGCAGUGGUGCCUCUUACUACCUUAUGUAAAACACUUGAACAUUCUCAUCAAGGUUGCCAUCAUCUGGUUAAUACUCCCAGUAUAUUUUCUCAAAGUCUGUUUACGUAAAGUUGUAUGGAAUGAUGUAAUAAGCAAUAAAACCUGAAUUUUACCCAGUGA